CCCGUAGAUUCCCCUGAAGGAAAACUUCGACCCAAGUUUUCGCCAGUCCUCAUCCCCACCGCCAGCGGUACCCUAAGCUCCCGGUGGCCCCCAACUUUCAGGCAUUCCCUGAGGCUCCACCCCUUCGGAACCCCUCGGACCGCGCCUCUCCUAAAAUUGUCCUUUCUCCUAAACUCUCUUUUACUCCUGGACUGGCCCCCAGACCCGCGAGGCCUCUCCCCAACUCCCCGACAUGGAACAGUCUUACGGUGGCCGGGUGCUGGCCGCGAUGGUCCUGCUGGGCAUCCCCGCGGCGGUGCUGGCGGCCCUGGGCGCGCAGUUGCUGUUCCAGCUGCAGGCGGGUCGCGCCGAGCUGCGGGGCUCACGCUCCGACGCGUGGGGCCCGGAGCUGGGCGCCGGCCCCGGGCUCCCGGAGGACGCGGCUGGGGCGCUGCUGCCGUUGGCAGCCGCGCUGGCCGCGCUCGCGCUGGUGCUGGGCCUCACCUGUCUGCUGCUAGCCGCGCUCUGCGGCCACCUGGGCGCUGAGCUGGCGAGGGGGCGCGGCCCCAGCAGGUCUGACUGGUUUCUUUAUGACCGUCGUCUCCUCAGACACACGGCCUUUGGCCUCUUCUGCUGUGGGGUCUCUGUCUACUUAGCAGCCUUGUCCAUCUAUGCCUUGCUGCUCUUUGAGAUUGAGACAGGAGCAGCAGCUGCCGCUAUCCUUGGCUCAGGUGCCCUGGUUCUGGUGGCCGCACUGACCCACACUCUGCUCCGGGCCACCAGGGCUACUCGCCGUGGCAUCCAUGAGCUGACUCUGCCACACUGUGAAGAUGACCCUGUCAGCCCCGCUGAAGUCUCCAAGGCCACCCCCACGGCUCAGUCCCAACAGGGUAUCCAUCGCCAGAUCCCCUACUCCUCCUCUUCAGAACCCAGGGAUUCUCCCAGACCUUCGUUUGCUACAGUGGCACCUGCAGUCCUGGGGGGAGGUCUGGAAAGCAGCCUGCCUACACCCCACAUGCACCGGACACCGCCCGCCAGUGGGGGGCACUGGGAAGGGGUCACCCACGAGAUGCGAAGUGCGCUGGGCCACAGGUCAGGGAGCUCAGGGAAGGACUCCACAUUGGUGUGAGUGCAGAGAUCAGUAAGCUGGAGUCAGAAAGCAGGAAAGAGGAUCUUAGAGAAGUCCGGACUCAGCCACAGCAGCAAUAUAAGUUGAUUUCUCAGUUCACAGAAUCCCUGACUUUUGUCUUUAAUGUUGUCUAUGGCACAAGGUGGCUGCCAGGCUCCCCGCCUUUACCUCCUCACUUAGAAGGAAAGGCAGAGGCCAAAGCUGGCUCAGUAUCUUUUUUUCCCCCAAAGAUUUAUUUACUUAUGCAUAUAAGAACUGGGGCGUAAGCCAGGAGUGUGUGUGUGUGUGUGUGUGUGUGUGUGUGUGUGUGGGAGUGAGAGGAUUCACCAGAGAGAGUGGGGAGCAGAACAGGCAGAUGUACUGAAAGACACUGCUGAGGGGAGCAGCAGGCGAGACAGGAGAGGUCUGCUGCGCCAUGUGAGCAUCCCUCUGGCGGGCUGAGGAGCGAACUCAUGCUGCAGUGGCUGGCAAUAGCUUGAUAGCGCUGUCUUUAACCCCUGUGCCACCAGGGAGGCCCUGGCUCAGCAUCUUUUGGAAAUCUUCCUGGGAUGCUUUGUCGCCAUUCUGUUUAUGCUUCACUGGCUAGAACAGAGUCACAUGGCCACACCUCAGUGCAGAGGCAGGAAGUGGGGCUAUUCGGAAUGAAGUUCUGUUUCAACCAGAAGAGGAAGAGAGGGCUUAGCAGUAGUCCUCUAAAUGUCUCUGUCCGCUUCACAGAUGAGGAAACCAGUGCCCCGAGAGGGCCAGUGACUCACCAAGGGGCCCAUGGUCAGUGCUGAGCAUCAGAGUCGAUUUGCAUCUGGGUCCUGGAACCUCCAUGCCACUGACAGUCUCUGCGACUCCUUCUGGGCUGCAAGCUCAGAGUGUUCCAGGGCCUGUGGUCCACCUGGAGGACUGAACCCAGAUUCCUGGCUGUAGACCCAUGGCUUGAGGGCUUUGCCAGUCUGUGCCUGUUUCCUCAUCUAUAAAAUGGGGUUGGACCCUGUUCCUCCUCCUCCAGCUCCCAGGAAUCUCGUGCAAGGCAUGCUGGGGGUCUGUGUGCACAGUAGAUUCUCAGCCAGGGUGCUUGGUAUGAAAAGGUGGGCUGAUGGCAAGUUCCGGUACUCAUGGAACUGAUGAGGCCUGGAAAGAAUAACUGGGAGCCCCAGGGAGCCCUAGGGACCCUGGUCCCAUUCCCAUCCAGUAUGACUCGCAAAUAAACUCAAGCAUUUGCUAA